AUGAGAGAAGCCAACGGUGCCAUUCCCUGUGUGAACAGUAUCACGCCAACCAUAGACAAAUUAAUACAAGAAUUAAAUGGCGCUCAAGUAUUCUCGCAUUUAGACAUGAAUCACGGAUACCAGCAAUUGGAACUGGAUGAAAACAGCCGGGAUAUAACAACUUUCUCAAUGCACAUCAGGUUCUACCAGUACAAAAGGCUUAAUUAUGGGACUAAAUCAGCAGGUGACAUUUUUCAAAACAAGAUAAAAGAAGAACUUACACAGCACAUACCGGGAGUGAUUAACAUCAGCGACGAUAUACUAGUGACUGGGAAGGAUCAACCAGAACAUGAUCAGAGAUUAGAAGCACUCUUUGAAACAGCACAAGAAAAAAAGUGA